AUCUGGCAACCCCGCAUCCCAGACGCACGGAGGAGCGCAGCGCAGGAGCCUCAAUGCCGACUCGAUUUCAUGGAGUAAAAUGUGAAUUUGGACCUGGUCCUGACACGCAAGGCCUGUCUGCGUUAUUUUCCACGUCGAUCACGACCUGGUGGUGGUUGUGAUGAUGAUGAGGAUGAUGAUGAUAUGUCUGGUGAUGGAAGCGGGAGGAUUUUUUUCCGGAUGGAGGAUCAGAGAUGCGUCUGUGUCUGUGCACUGAUUGACUGACUGACUGACUGACCUGGGCGGAUCAUGCAUGCAGAGGAUCCAGAUCACUCUCAGUAAAUCUGUUAUUCUAUUCCUUUCCCUCCCAGUACGCGGUUUAAACCAGUAAAGCUUUAGUGGUAUUGGGAUAAAUGUCUCUGCAACGAAACAACGACUUUUAUAGCUCUUAAGAUCUCAUCAUAUCGUUUAAUGAAGGCACAUCCGGCGUGGGUUUUCACCUUCACAUUUGAUGAUAGCACUGCAUGCAGGAGUGUGUGUAUCAGUGUGUUGUGGGGUGUAUGAUGUUAAGCCUGUAGGAAUCCUCAGAUCGUUGGAGGAUAUUCCGGAUGCAGGGUGUUUUUUUUUCUUUCUCCUCGUAUUAAUGCGACAUGUGUUUUCUCCUGAGAGCAUCCUCAGCAUCAGCAUCAGCAUCAAUCGUAAUCUCUCCUAACAAAUACCUGACUCCUUUUUCAUCCUCAGACUCAUCGUUUUCGAUCUAAACACCUUUCCUAUUCCCUCUGACUCGCACCGUCGUUAUUUUUCACCUCCGUGUUGCCAGAUUGGGUGAAUUUCCCCUCAUAUUUGGCGCAUCGUUGAUUCCCAUGGGAUUUUGGGGCAUUUUUUUCAUAUAAAUAAGUGUUUUAUUCCCAGUCUUUAUACACACUUGGGGACUCUAGUGACCAGUCAGGUGGACUAAAGACACCCGAUACGUGCGCGCGCGUCUGGUUUUGGUGUUUUUAAAAUGGCCGACUAAAAAGAACGUUUUAUAUAUAUAUAUAUUUAUAUUUUCUUUUCUUUUUUUGCGCUGUAGUAAGGACAGCCUGCCCCCUCUAUCUAUCUAUCUAUCUAUCUAUCUAUCUAUCUAUCUAUCUAUCUAUCUAUCUAUCUAUCUAAAUCCAUACACACUUAUAUUCCUAUAUUAUAUGUUUGGAAAAUCCUCCCCCCUUUUCCGCCACAUUUCCCUUGAUGCCAUAAGGUGGGGAUUUUACACUGUGGGCAGCGCGCGCGCCAGGAAGAUGGCGGCUUAUUAAACUUUAAUGUUUAUGCGCUCGAGCCCAAAGAGGAGAGAAGAAGGAAUAAAGAGAAGAGGAGGAAGAGGAAGAGGAGGAGGAGGAGGAAGAAGAAGAGGAUAAUGGAGGACGGAUGCUAAGGCCAAGAGAGGAAGGAUACAGGAGAAAGCUUGCCUAAACUGAGAGGGAAACCGAGUUGCUAAGCCUGCCCACUCUUCCUGGCCCCGCCCCUAUCGCCACCCAUUACCAUGGCAGUGUCACUGUGGUUAUUGUGGAUGUGUGCCAUCUCACUGAGUAGCAUCACCCCCUCAGAACAAGCUCUCAGCAGAGCAGCAAUGCCCUUCGGUCUGAUGAGGAGAGAGCUGGCAUGUGAAGGGUACCCUAUUGAGCUGCGCUGCCCAGGAAGUGAUGUCAUCAUGAUCGAGACGGCCAACUACGGCCGCACAGAUGACAAGAUUUGCGAUGCUGAUCCGUUUCAGAUGGAGAACGUGCAGUGUUACCAACCGGACGCCUUCAAGAUCAUGUCUCACAGGUGUAAUAACCGUACCCAGUGUGUGGUUGUUGCUGGAGCUGAUGUGUUUCCUGAUCCCUGUCCCGGAACAUAUAAAUACCUGGAAAUCCAGUAUGAAUGUGUGCCAUACAUCUUCGUGUGUCCAGGUGCUCUGAUUGGUGUUUUGGAGGCAAGUUUGGUUCGGGAGGCGGAGCAUCAGUCGGGGGCGUGGUGUAAAGAUCCCCUGCAGGCUGCUGAUAGGUUGUAUGUGAUGCCGUGGACUCCAUACCGCACGGACACGCUGUAUGAGUACGCCUCCUGGAACGACUAUCGACAGAGCCGAGUCACCACCACCUAUAAGUUGCCGAGUCGAGUGGAUGGCACCGGGUUUGUGGUGUAUGAUGGCGCUUUGUUCUACAACAAAGAACGAACUCGGAACAUUGUUAAAUAUGACCUCCGGACCCGCAUCAAGAGCGGAGAGGCCAUCGUUACCAACGCUAACUACCAUGACACGUCACCGUACCGCUGGGGAGGAAAGUCAGACAUUGACCUUGCUGUUGAUGAGCAUGGCCUGUGGGUCAUCUAUGCCACAGAGGAGAACAACGGACGAAUAGUUCUCAGCCAGGUGAACCCGUACACACUGCGUUUUGAAGGCACGUGGCAGACAGGCUUUGAGAAACGCAUGGCAUCAGACGCAUUUGUGGCCUGCGGCAUCCUGUAUGCUGUUCGCUCCGUCUACCAGGAUGAUGACAGUGAGGCGGGUGGGGAUUUUAUCCUCUAUGCUUAUGACACACGGAGAGAAAGGGCUGAGCCUGUAAGCAUCGCUUUUCCCAACCCAUACCAACACAUCUCCUCCAUCAGCUACAACCCUCGAGACAAUCAGUUGUACGUGUGGAACAACUACAAUGUGAUACGAUACCCUCUGGAGUUCCGACCCCCACAACCCACCACAGACCCUCUAUCCACACCACUCCUGUCCUCCACCACCGCGCUCUCGCCAGUCUCCUCCACAGUAUUUUUGGGUUUCAGUCCAAGCCCACCUCUCUCAGUGACAUUUAACCCAGCAGGUUCGAAAAACCGCAUCCGGCCAAUCACGGUCUCAGUGCCUGUGACGUUGCGUCCACCACGCCAGCCUCAAGGCCGCACACCUAUGUGUGAGGAACGAGUGAGCCGUGGAGUGCAGUGGCCCAAAACACCCCAUGGAGAGUAUGUCCAGAGACCCUGCCCGAAAGGAUCGCUGGGUUUAGCCUCCUACCACUGUAUGGCUGAUGAGGUGGUGUGGAACCCAAGAGGUCCUGACCUCAGUAAUUGUACAUCACCCUGGGUCAACCAGGUCGCUCAGAAGAUAAAAAGUGGAGAGAAUGCAGCACACAUCGCUGCCGUUCUCGUCAAUCACACACGGGGACAGGUGUAUGCUGGUGAUGUCACUUCCUCUGUGCGUCUGAUGGAGCAGCUGCUGGAUAUUCUGGACUUCCAGCUGCAGGCAUUACGGCCCGCCAACAAGGACUCGGCUGCUCGCAACUAUAACAAACUUCAGAAGAGAGAGCGAACCUGCAGAGCAUUUAUUCAGGCCAUGGUGCAGACGGCGGAUAAUCUUCUAAGCUUGAAGGCGCUGGACUCGUGGCAGGACAUGAACGUGACGGAUCAGUCUCACACGGCCACCAUGCUACUGGAUGUGAUGGAGAAAGGCUCGUUCCUGCUGGCUAACAACCUCUAUGAGGGGCGAUUUAGCGAGCGUGCACCUAAUAUUGAUCUGGAGGUCUACGUCCUCAAUGCGGACACGGAGAUCGGAGAUCUGCACUUCCCACACUCCUAUGACAGUGACAGCACCAUCCAUCUCUCCGCUGCUACAAUCAAACAGUACAGCCGUAACGGUCAGGUGAAGGUGGUGUUUGCUCUUUAUAAAAAUCUCGGCCCGUUCCUUUCCACCCAAAACGCGACAGUGAAGACGGAGAUGGAGCUGAAAUCAGGAGGUCGGACUCUGGCGGUCAAUUCCCACGUGAUCUCCGCCUCCAUGAAUAAAGAGUCCAGCCGUGUGUUUUUGACCGAACCGGUCAACUUCACACUCAGACACCUACAGCUGGAGAAUCACUUUGGGCCGAACUGUUCCUUCUGGAACUACUCUGAGCGCACGAUGACGGGUCAGUGGUCCUCACAGGGGUGCAGACUGGUGUACAGUAACAACACACACACCACCUGCUCCUGCUCACAUCUCACCAAUUUCGCUCUGCUCAUGAGCCGCCAGACACCCACUUACACCGAUGGUAUGCAGGCCCUCAUUCUGUUUGUCGUGUCCUGGGUGGGCAUGGUGAUAUCCCUGGUGUGUUUGGCUCUGUGUAUCUCCACUUUCUGCUGUGUAAAGGCUGUGCAGAGUGAGCGCACCACCAUCCACAAGAACCUGUGCCUCACACUCUUCAUCUCACAGCUCCUCUUCCUCAUCAGCAUGGAAAGGACCCAUUACACCGUGGCAUGCCCGGUGCUUGCUGCUCUGCUGCACUUCUUCCUGCUCUCUGUAUUUUGUUGGUUGUGUGUUGAAGCCAUACAGCUCUAUGUCUUACUGGUCGAGGUGUUCGAGAGUCCAUCCUCACGCAGGAAGUACUACUACAUUGCUGCAUAUGGCUUCCCUACUCUGGUAGUGGCCAUUUCGGCCUCCAUCGACUACACUGGGUACUCUAGCGCCACCAGCUGCUGGCUGCGUGUGGAUAACUACUUCAUCUGGCUUUUUAUUGGCCCUGUCUCCCUUGUUAUCCUGCUGAAUCUGGUGAUCCUGAUGGUCACAGUGCACAGGAUGAUCCGCCAUUCUAAUGUGCUCAAGCCUGAUUCCAGCCGCUUCGACAACAUCAAGUGUUGGACGGUGUGUUCAGUCACUCUGCUCUUGUUGGUGACAUUAACAUGGAUCUUCGGCCUCCUCUUUAUCAGUGAAAACAGCGCACUCAUGGCCUACCUUUUUACAUCCUUUAACGCUCUACAUGGUCUGUUUAUCUUCAUCUUUCACUGCGCACUGCAGAAGAAGGUUCAGAAGGAGUAUGCUAAAUGCUUCCGUCAGUCGUCCUGCUGCGGUCAUGCUGCAUCUGGUGGGUCCCUAAAGAGCUCUGCGCACCGUGGGAACAACCGAUACUACAGUGGAGGCCAGUCCAGACACAAUCAAGUGCAUAGACAGAGUCGUAUCAGGAGGAUGUGGAAUGACACGGUUCGCCGGCAGACUGAGUCUUCCUUCAUGGCUGACCUCAACAACACACCCACCCUCAACAGAGGAACUAAUCAUCUUCUGGCCAAUCCAGUAUUGCAGACUCGCUCGGGUUCCUCACCUUAUAACACACUGCUGGCUGAAACAUUUAACCCGCCUUCACCCGCCAUCUUCAACUCCACCGGAACCUUCAGAAACUCAAAGGGCACUCUGUCCCGCAGCCGUGAAUCUUGUGGUCUGGAGCCUGUUCGUCUGAACGGGAACUACAACAACAGCUACUCUGUGCAUGGUGGAAGUUCUGACCUCCUUGGCAGCGUCGCCGUGGGAGACGUCAGCCCUGCCCUACUGACCCCCAGAGGGGCGGAGCCUCCAGGAGGUAUGAGGAGGAACCUGUCAGAUGCGGCAGCGCUGGAGAAGAUGAUCAUCUCUGAGCUGGUGCAGAGCAAUCUUCGUCCUGCUGCCGAUCGCUACACCAACAACACGGAUACGGAGGCGGAGCCGCGGGAGUACGUAAGCGCGGGAAUGGGUCACAGGGAGCCACCCCAACGUCCUCUGCCCCGCCCACCACCACCACCUCCACAGGAUGAGGAAGAACCACUUUACAAGGCUUUGGAGAAGCCGCACCUUCCUGAGAAACCACGUGUUCCUGAUAAACCCCAUGUGCCGGAGAAGCCACGCCUCUUGGAGCACACGCAGUCAGUGUUCUACCAGAGUGAAGAGGAUUCGGAAAGCUUUUCGGCUGAAAUUACAGACAGUGUGGCUGGAGUUGGCCCAGACUCCUCGUCCCUGUAUGCAAGAGACAGAGACUCUUCCUAUCCUGACAGCAGCCCUGAGGGUUUGGGAACUGAGCCUCGUUCAGCCCUGCCCCCUGAUGAAUUAUACUUCAGCACAGGGAGACACGCCCACGUGUCUGCCUUCUACCAGCCCCCGUCACGCCGGACCAACGAGGAGGGUCGGCUGGGGCUAGACUCCUCCCACGGAGAAGGCGACGGACAGAUGCAGCUGGUGACGAGUCUGUGACUAGGGCGCUGGUGACCAGGACAUGGAGAUCUAGGGGAGGAAGAAGGAGGAGUGAUAUUAUCAUCAUUAUCAUCCAUUACUGUAGCACAGUACUACAGCGCUCUAGUUCGUAGCUUAAAGGCUGUUAUGUAAGAAUAUCCUUGCUGAGUGAGCCAUAGUCUAACCACAAAAUUUCUUAACCGGGUAUUUUUGACUUUAGUUCAGUAGCUGACAUCCCGAUCAGUUCCAGGUCCACAUCUCUAGCUCCAAAGGUUCGAUCUUAAGCUUAGUGUCUGUGUGAGGUUUUGCGUAUUGUCCAUAUGAUUGUCCUCCAGUUUAUUUCAACCUUUCAUCACAUACACGGUCUUAGCGAAUCAGUUUCCACUAGGUGUGAGUACCAGUAUGUGAUGGAAUGGUAUAUACCAUACAGGGGGUAGUCCUGACUUGCACUCAGAUUUACUAUCACUCGAAAACAUGAAUGAACAAAUUAAUUCAUGAGACUUAAUGGUCUUUCUCCUUUAUCUAAUGAGUUUGCUGGUUAACUUAUUUUCAUUCCAGAGGUUGGUGGGAAUCAAACGGGAAUAAGAAACCUAAGAACCUUUUUUAUGGGUACAUUGGAAAACCCAUGGAGUUAUGUUCUUGAGCUAAUCCAUUCCAUGGAUAAAAAAUUAUUUGCACAAUUAUGGACUGAGAUAGUGGUUGGUUUGUGGUAUACGAUAAAUAGGGACACCCUAAAAAAAGCACAUGUACCAAGAACCUGGUGAUGAUGAUGAUGAUGAUGAUGAUGAUAAGUAGGCAAAGAAAACAAUGGAGAAGAAAAUGAUGAUGGCUUCCUCCUCUGAGUCUCUGUCUCUUGGUCACCUCCACACCCACCCUGCUCACCUUCACUGCCAUUCAUCAACUAUCUCUUCUAGUCUCUCUCUAUAUUGUAUAUUUGUCCAUCAAUAUAUCCAUCUGUCUGUCAUUUCACAUAUUUCUGUCUCAUUUUCUUGCUCAGCCUUGCUGUCUCUCUCUCUCUCUCAGGGUGGAGUGUUGGAUUUGGUUCUUAUUAAAUGUAUUGUUCGUUUGUUCCCUGUCCUUAAGCCCCUUUUAGAAGAAUGUGUCACUCUCCAGAGACAACAGAACAAAAACUUUUGACAUUGCCAAAAAAAUCCUUUUUAAAGGGAGCACACACACACACACACACACACACACACACACACACACACACACACACACACAUGGACUCCUUUCUUGAAUUCACAGUGUUCACACUGAAAGGCCUUCCCCGGAGGUCAGGGGUCAAACGUUAGUUAUAUUAGUGGGGUCAUGACCUCAACCAGGGAUUCAACAUUGGACUGCUUGGUUCAUUUCGCUGCAACCUGGUUGGACUUCUAGGCACCGUGGACCUUCGGACAUACCCCAGGGGCCUCGCCCAAACAGCUUCUUUGGUUCAGAGACAAGCUCACAGCUCCGCCUCUUUUUCUAGACUCUACAAAGGAGGCAUGAGCAGUCUAUUGUCAUGUAUCUGGUGUAAAUAGCAGUAAGAGAAUGAAAGUUUGAGAACCUGCUUCUUGUAAUAUCUACCAAUGUUACAAACAAAAGGAAACAAAAUCACGUAAAAGGAUGUGUAGAAGACCUGAAUGAUACGCUAUAUCUUUCACUAGUCUCUCCCUCUUUCACUCUCUCCCUCUUUUCACCUCUCUCUUCUGUCUUCUUCGGUCUUUCCUCCGUUUUUGCUCUUCCUCUUUGAGACAGUGACAGAAGGAUUGGAUUUUGUUAAAGAGAUAGACAAGAAAUGUGUUUUUAUUAAAAAAAUGAAUAAAACAAACUGGGGGGUUGAGAAUUAUUUUAUCAUACUGGCGACUGGUCUCAAUUCUGCCAAACUCCAGCUCAUAGAGUCAGUUAAUGUGAGAGGAAAAUGAAUAUAUAGAGUGAUUUUUUACCAGUAAAUGGUGCGAAACUGUGACACUAACCUCCUCUCAGGCCGAGGCAGGAAAACAAGCUGCGUAAAUGUCUAUAUGAGGGUUACUAUCUGUACUAAUGAGGUGGAAGUGAAUUGUGGAUGACGUAAGUCAAUCAGAAAUGAUAAGAGUUUACUCAGUCGCUUUGAGUAGUUAGUUGUUUUGAAGAAUUCUAGAGGAUUUUCUAUCAUAGUAGGUAUCCGAUAUACUUUGGGGCAUUUAAAUGGCUGGAUUAUUUAUUUAUUUAUUUCCACUGGGCAAUACAUAUGACCCAUUUAACUCACAGGCCUCUGUAUAAUAUAAUUAAUAGCAAAUUUAAUUAAUCUAAUGUAAGCAUGUCAUUUACAUAACCAUGCAUGCACACAGUAGGAUCUAAGCUCCAGUCCACUACAAGGUUCAUUCAUUCCUAACAGAUGUUUUUGGUUUUGGCCAUCAACUGUCCACUACAAGAUUUCCUGGCAUUGAAUAGUAAACCCUUUAUAUAAAAACAACCCCUAAAACCUUAUUAAUGUCACACUAAUCCUUA